AUGCGGCGGCGGGGACGGCGGAGGAGACCCGGGCCCUCCUCCUCCUCCACCUCCACCACCGCCUUCUGCAGCCUCCUGCUCGUCCUGACGUUGUCCCUGCUGCAGGCUCUCCCCUCAGUUCGUUCUGCCAGUAUAGAUCCUAAAGGAUUGAAAGUUGUAGGAUCAACUAAUUUGCCAGUCAAAGUUUAUAUCAGGUUGGAACAUAACAGUCCGCGUAUUCUGUGUGUAACAAAUCAUCUAAGAAAUUCAGAAUUGAUCGACCCAAUAUUUCAGUGGCAUGGACCAGGAGGUGAUUUGGUUACAGAAAAUGAAACUGUGAAAAUAACACCAACAGGAACUCUGCUAUUCCGACACUUUAAAUAUGAUAUGAGUGGAGUCUACACAUGUUCCCUUGUAUUUAAGCCAACUACCGAGCAAGAUGAAAAAAGCUAUUUAAUCAAAUAUAUUCUUUAUGCUUAUUCUGAUCCUAACUUUUACUAUGAGUUUUCAGCACGAUAUCAUGCAGCUCCCUGCAACAGUAUUUAUAAUGCUUCUUUUGAGAAGAAGUUACUUCAGAUCCUGGCCAAGCUUGUUGUUGAGCUAUCCUGUGAGGUUUUGUUACGCAAGUCAGAAUGCCAUCAUGUAAAAAUGCAGAGAGCUGGAUUGCAAAAUGAAAUCUUCUUUACUUUUAUAGUUUCUUCUCUAGAUGCCGAAAAAGGCAAAAGUGCUUGUCAGAAAAGCUUAUGCGAUGUAACAAGAAGAUUACAAAAGGCAAAAGACCUAAUAGAGCGAUUUUUUAGCCAGCAAGUUGAAGUUCUUGGGAAACGGACAGCACCACUGCCUGAGAUCUACUAUAUUGAAGGAACUCUGCAAAUUGUGUGGGUUAAUCGCUGUUUUCCUGGCUAUGGAAUGAAUUCUCAAAUACAUCCAGAUUGUCCUAACUGUUGUGUGGUUUGCAGUCCAGGAUCAUAUAACCCUCAUGAAGGAACUCACUGUCUUCAGUGCAACAAAAGUCUGUCAUAUGGAGCAAGACAGUGUUAACUGAAUGUCAGCAUAAACCUUUUGCUGUAUUUAGUAGCAGUGAUGUACUUUAUAUCUUGGUAAUAAAAAUAAAAGGAUUUUUCAAGAC